GGUGGCCCAGCACAAUGAGAGCUCAGAGGGGACUCAUCUUACUCCUGCUGCUUCUGGCUGUCUUCUGUUCCACAGCUGUUAGCCUGAGAUGCUACCACUGUUUAGACCCGGUUUCUUCAUGCAAAAUAAACAGCACUUGCUCUCCUAACCAGGAUACCUGUCUCUAUGCUGUAUUCGGAAUGCAAGUGUAUCGACAGUGUUGGAAACGUUCGGAAUGUAAUGGCGAGUCCAUUAUGAACCUAUUAGAAGUGACAAAAGUAACAUACAGAUGCUGCCAGUUUAACUUGUGUAACAAAAAUAACGGAUCAUUGGGGAAGUCAGCAUUGCUGGGGACCUCGGUUCUGGUGGCCAUUUUGAAUCUUUGUUUCUUAAGUCAUCUCUAAGUCCCUGAUGUCUCCUUUCUGUCUGUCUCUCUUUUUCCUGCUGCUGCAGCAGUCUAAAGCCUUUGUUAUUUUCCGGCUGUAUUCAUUACGAAACAAUAAAGUUCACUUGGACAUCUUGGACAAGAGGGAGGAGUUUAAGCAGUGUGGAAGAGCACCAUGCACACCGGGAGGGCCCGCUUGCAGUUGCAGAAUGAAGUAGGAGGGUAGAACACCUAUAGGUUAUAUAAUCUUCCUUUGCCUGGCAUUCAGUUUCAGCUUAAGGGAGUUCCCAGCAACCCUCAGGUAUAGCUCUCUGGUUCCUUCACUGUAGCUGAAGAGUGAGAUCAGAGAGUACCUUUAGGAGUGAGUGGGCCAGGAGGAUUCUCUUCACCACUCUGACCCGUUCAAAAUGCUUUCAUAAUCUUCACGGGUCCU